GUCUAUAAUAAUCUGCUUUCUCCUAAUUGCACUGUGAAAACAAACUAUGUCGCUUUUAGGGUUUCGUUCAUUAUCAAUCUUCACAACAUCCGCCAUUGAUUAUUUUCUCAUAUCUCGUGAAGCCUUUUUUGAACAUCAACUUCUUUGAUGUACUCAUUCAUAUUAAAUUUUUUUCAACUUCUUUGAUUAAGGUUUUCUGGUUCAUUCACCAAAAGUUUGCUACUUUUUUUUCUAUUUCCAUGGAUCUGGACGAUUCCGAUAUUGCGGAGAAAUCACCCACGGGUCGGUUCAUUAGGUACGACCAAGUUUUAAGCAUUGGGACAGAGGCAGCAAAGGUGGUCUACAGAGGAUUUGAUACUGUCGCCGGAAAAGAGGUGGACUGGAGCAAAGUUAAGAUGGACAAAUCUACAAUGGAGGAAAAAUUUCUCGAUGAUCUGGAAGCCAGGAUUUCUGUGGAGCUUCAGACUUUGAAAUCCUUAAAGCAUCCCAACAUCCUUAAAACUCGGGCCUCCUGGCUGGAUCGCCAGAGUGGAGUUAUUAACAUCGUGGCUGAGGCCUUCAGUUCAGGAACACUGAGACAAUUUCGCAAGAAGCACAAGGGAGUCGAUUUAACAGCUGUUAAGAAUUGGGGUAAGCAGAUUCUUGUGGGAUUGCUUUAUCUUCAUAGUCACAAUCCGGCUGUAAUUCAUGGUGAUUUGAAUUGUGAUAACGUUUUCAUCAAUGGAAACACUGGAGAAGUGAAAAUAGGGGCAAUUGGGCUUGCAACAGCAGUGACACAGAAGAAGAAGAAGAAGCAGGAGGAGGAAGAGGAGGCGGCAUGUAAUAACGAUAAAUUCUUGAUGGAUAUCUAUUCAUUUGGUUUGUGUAUUCUGGAGUUAGUUACCUGUGAAAUACCGUUUAGUGAAUGUAAAGAUGAUGGAUCGUGGGAGGUGGUUUACGGGAGGAAAAUAGGUUGGGGCAGUAAACCGGAGUCUUUGAAGAAAGUGGGAAACAUCCUGGUUAAGGAAUUCAUAGAGAGGUGCAUUUGCUGUACAAGGAGGAGGACAAGAGUGGAAGAGUUGUUGAAAGAUGCAUUAUUUUCAUGUGAAAUAUGUCCCCUUUCAGAAUGUGAAUACAGGUGUUCGAAUGAGAAGAAGGAGUUCAAAUUAAGUGGAGAGCAGGGGAGUAGUGAAAAUGUAAUAUUGCUAAGAUUGCUGCUCAUCGAGCAGCAGCAGCAAUUGUUGAAUGAUGGAGGAGAGGAGGCUAAGAAGAAGAUAGAAUUCAUGUUUGAUCUGUCUGCUGAUACAACUGUGUCUGUGGCUGGUGAGAUGGUUGAUGAUCUGGGAUUGGCGGUUGAAGAUGUAGCCUUGAUUGCAGAGCUCAUGGAUAGAGUGAUUGCUAGUAUGCACAUAGCCACAAACUAUAAACAACAAUAAUAACCCAAAGAAGAGGAGGAAUGGGAAACAUCUUCUUCUUCUUCAUGUACAAAAGUUAAGUAAAUGUCACAUAUCCUUUUGAAGCUUCAUUAUC